AUGCGGCUGCGGCAUGGCCCCCUCGUCACGGCGCUGUGCCUGGGCGCCGCCUUCCCCCUGCUGUGGCUGGCGGCGUGGCAGGGCAGCGGAGGAAAUGACUUAGACAUGUACAAAAUCCAGCUUCUGGAACUUCAUCAAAGACUAUUAUAUGCUGAAAAAGAAAACAAAAAAAGAUCACAUGAACUGAACAGUGCCCUAGGAGAAAUUAAACGUGUAGUUGCAAAAGCGGUGAAUUCAACAACAAAUCGUACAGAUGAUAUGAAGUGGAAAUUAUUAAAUCUCACCAGAAAACUCCCCAUGCGUCUUACAAAUAUGUACUGUUAUCUACCUCACCUUCGAGAAUAUGAAGGUUCCGUUUUUCCAAAUGUUGUUAUUGGGCAACAGAGAACUGGAGUCUCACUGGUCAUGGGUAUUCCUACAGUGAAAAGGGAAAAACAAAAUUAUCUGAUGAAUACACUGCAUUCCCUAUUAUAUGAACUUUCUGAAGAGCAAAAGAAUGACUGUGUAAUAAUCAUCUUCGUAGCUGAGGCGAAUGCAGAAUAUGUUAACAGUGUUGCAGAAAGUGUUAGGACAAGCUUCCCUGGUGAAGUCCAGUCUGGAGUCCUGGAGGUUGUUUCUCCUCCUGCUUAUUAUUAUCCAGCUCUUUCCAAUCUGAAGAAAACAUUUGGGGAUUCAGAGGACAGAGUAAGGUGGAGAACUAAACAGAAUUUGGAUUAUAGCUUUUUAAUGCUAUAUGCCCAACCUAAGGGAACAUUUUAUUUACAGCUGGAAGAUGAUAUUAUAGCCAAACCUGAGUAUAUUCAAACUAUAAAAAACUUUGCUGCUAAACAGUCCCAAGAGUGGAUGAUUCUUGAGUUCUCCCAACUUGGAUUCAUUGGAAAAUUGUUUAAAUCGGAAGACUUGCCUCUCAUUGUGGAAUUUUUCCUCAUGUUCUAUAAAGAUAAGCCCAUAGACUGGCUUCUAGACCACCUACUCUGGGUUAAAGUCUGCAACCCAGAAAAGGAUAUAAUGCACUGUGAAAAGGAAAAGGCAAAGUUACGUAUCCGUGCUAAACCAUCUCUCUUUCAGCAUGUGGGAAUUCAUUCAUCCUUGCCAGGAAAGAUACAGAAUUUGAAAGAUAAAGAUUUUGGCAAAAAUGUGCUACAUAAAGCACAUAAAAAUCCACCUGCAAAGCUGGAUACAAGCCUAAGAAUUUUCCAGCAAUAUACCUUGGAAAAAGUUUAUGAAGGAAAAGACUGUUUUUGGGCUUUGGCUCCUGUGGCUGGGGACUUUAUCAGCUUCACCUUUUUAGAGCCACUAAAAGUAGAAAAGUACCUCUUCAGAAGUGGAAACAUGGAGCACCCUGGUGAUAAACUAUUUAACACUACCGUGGAAGUGUUGCCUGCUGAUGAAAAUGUUAGAAAAGAACUGGUUGACAAUGGAAGUAAAUUCAACUAUCCAGCAACCAAAGAUGGAUAUUUAAAGAUAGGUACUUUUGAAAAUGGAAUUUCCGAGGGCAACAUCAGUCUGUCAGUAGGAAAAAUACAGGCUAUUCGUUUAUCAGUCAAUUCUGAGUCUCCUGUAUGGGCAAUACUUAGUGAGGUGUUCAUCAAGUCCUCUGAAAAGUGAAAACUGGAAAAAUUACCCUUUUGAAGUUUUGCUUUUUACAGACUUGUUUGAAAACUUGGCUAACAGUAGCAAAAAGCCUUAUUGGCUGAAAAGAACACCCAAACAAAUCCAAAGUAUUUAGUUCUUAAUACUGUAUAUUACAAAAGAGUAGAGGUAACUGUUAAUUUUUUUUAUGAAGAAUAUUAAAAGCUAUGAGGAACUUGAUUAUCCGAAGUAAUUCUACAAAAUGUUCUUGGUUGACCUGUCAUAUAUGAAAAUCUCACGUUAAUUUGGCAACACUGGCUAAAUAUUACUACAAACAAUUGGCAAGAUGUUACAGAAUGUCUCAGGGAUUAAAGCAUAAAAUUAUGUUAAGUCUCACCACAGAACUAAAAAUGAGCACAUUUAGGGAAAAAAAUAAGGGUGCAGUUUUUAAUUUAGUCUCUAAGAAAACUGGUUAAUUUUGGAGGAAAAUUGCAUGUUUUCAUUAUAUAUAAUGAAAAGUUGUCAAUAUUAAUUGCAAGUCCUUAGAGUAGUCCAGAUA